AUGCGCCUCUGCCCUGACGAGUCCAUGGCUGGCUGGCAAGUGGAGGCCGUCGGCGCCCUCUCGGGCGAGUCGCUGGGGACCGUGACUUUGCCGCCGGACGGGAGCCUCCGGGAGCUGAGGCGCCUCAUUUCAAACCUGCCAGGGGUCUCCGCCACCGUCAAGCUCUUUUCCGACGGCGUGGAGCUCCUGGGGCAAUCGAGCCUGGCGGAUUCUGGGGUCAGGGAUGGCUGCGAAGUGCAGGUGAUCUCUGUCCGAUCCCUGCAGAUGCUCUCAGGAUCCCAAGACGGCAUGGCUCGUCUGUGGGAACUGGAAGAGCGCUCGGAGGUAGAGCGGUUCCAGCACAGUGCUGAGCUGAACGGUGUGGCAGCCUCGCCAGAACCGGGCAUCUUCGCGUCGGGUUGCAGCGACCGCUCUAUCAGCCUCUGGCGCUUCGGCUCCACGGAGACAAGUUGUCAGCUGCAAGGGCACAUGGGCCAGGUGUAUUCGGUCGACUUCUGCCCGGCUGGCUCUGCGCUGCUGUCAGCGUCUGGGGAUGCUACUGCACGCCUUUGGGACCUCGCUUCCGAACAGGAGCUCUUGUGUCUGAGAGGGCACAUGCGUGACGUGAACUCAGCCGCCGUGUCUCCGGACGGGCGGGUCUUUGCAACAGGCUCCGACGACUACAGCUUUGCGGUGUGGGACCGUGCGUCUGGAAAGAUGACACAGCAUUGGGACGGGCGACGCGGAGACGGGCAUUCAGGUAGAGUCUAUUCCGUGGCCUUCUCACCUGAUGGCUUCUACCUAGCCACUGGUGCAGUUGACAAGAAGGCCAAGGUGUGGGACACACGUACUGGUACCUGCCUGCGCUGCUACAGUGGCCACACAGAUCUGGUCAAUGCAGUCACCUUCUCUCCGGAUGGGAAGUUGUUGGCAUCAGCAUCGGAUGACUUUACUUCUCAUGUCUGGACCGCAGAUACAUCACAGGGGCACAUAGCUUCCUACAAGCACGAUGCUGAGGUGCUAACGCUGUCGUUUUCAGGAAAUGGCCAGACCCUGGCCACGGGUUCCAUGACCGGAGCCAUCUGUCUCUGGGAUCUUAGUUCGCACCAGGAGGUUGGAGAAAGCGCAGCCUGCGGCGUGCCAAAGCUCCAGCUCCUGCCCGGUGGCUGUCGAACUUUGGCGGUCGGCGAGGGUGAUUUUGCCUUUUCCGAGGGGCUGUCCGCUUCCCGGAGCUGUACUGGCAGUGCCCCGGAGCUGGUGGUGACCUGUCUGGAGUCUGAGGAGGACAUCAGGAGCCAGUACGCAGAUGCUGACCAGCGCCUGGCGCGCCUGCGGGGUGCCGGCGCCAAGGUGAUUUGCGGCGUGGACGCCACGGAGCUCCUGAAAGGACCGCUGGUGGACGAAGAGCCCUUUGAACGCAUCGUCUUCAACUUCCCACUUCUGCCGACGAAGGUGCACAAGCCCCGGGCAUCGAGCGCAGACGUGCAGAUCGCAAACCGCGCCAUGCUGGUCGAGUUUCUGCGAGGUGCAGCUACCUUCCUGAGGAAGGAUGGUCUGCUUCUGAUCGCCAACAAGGCGGGUCAGAUCAACCCAUGCACCGGUAGAUGCAUGUUGCUGUUGCUCGAUUACCAGAGUUUUGGCAACGGAUCCGUCCUGUCGCUCAACAUCGCAGCGCGCUUGUGCUUGCUUGUUCACCUGCUUUCGCUGAAAUCGCUUUUGCUCAAGAUGUCUCUCCACGUCGCAGCGCGUGCCGACAGCUCCACCCACCCCACCUACGAACGGCCGAAAGUCCUCCCUCCACUCCAAGAAGAGCACCGUCAGAGAGCAAGGCUUCACAAUUGGCAGGGGCUGCCCCAGAGGGUCCCAGAUAGCCUGAGCAAGCACCACGCAGUGCAGAAGUAUGGCGUUUCUUCAUCUUUUGCAGCGCCCUCUGUCAUGCCAUUGUUUGCGCCCGGGCGCCGGAAAGAGCGCAAACCGUCGACACCAUCCCGACAAGGUGCGCCCCGGGAUUCCGGCCCGCCGCGAGAUGCCACCCUGCCUGUGGGCAGGUUUGGCAGUGAUGCCGCUCCCACUCCAGCCGCUGCCCGUGACGAGAUCCGCGAGGUGACUCGAAACUUGCAGCAUCUACAGGCGGACUUGAUGAAGCCCUUGCAGGAAGCGCUCGACAACGAGCCCAGCGAGGACAUGGUCCCUUGGGUGGACACUCUGCUCAGCGAAGUGGAGACGCAGGUGCAGCAGUUGCAAGAGCAAGCUCAGAUCUGCAUGGAGCACGAUCACUUUGACAUUGCAGAGCGGAUCGUGAACUGCGCAUCGGACUUUGAGGAAAUGCGUGUCCGGGCCGCCUCGUGGAAGGAGGCAGCGAGUCAACGUGCAUCUCGCGAGGCUGAGGCUGCGGCUGAGGACCCGCCUCCUACAGCACGAGAUCGGGCGCCCUCAGCUCUCUCGCCGCAAGUGGGUCGUCUCGCUUCGAUUAAGUCGGAGGGCACGCCGACGGAUUCCGCCUUUGGCAGUGCACAGCCAUCCCCAGCCUCACGGCCGCCGGCACACUCCCAGGGCAGCCCAAGUCCUGCUGCAAGCCCUGCCUCCAGCGUACCGCCGUCACCGGCAAGAUCAGCAGACGUGUCACAGGCGGCAACGUCUCCGAGUGCUGGCCCGUUUGGGUCUGUGAAGUCGCAGGCUGCGCAGUCACCGACUUCCGGUCCCUUUGGCUCCAUGAAAUCGCAGGUGCCGCCAUCGCCCGCAGGGCCCGCAGAUGCGUCCAGAUCGCAGGCGGCACAGUCUCCAAGUGCUGGCGCAUUUGGGUCCGUGAAGUCGCAGGUGCCGCCAUCGCCAACAGGGCCGGCAGCGGCAGAUGCGUCCAGAUCGCAGGCCCCGCAGUCUCCGAGUGCUGACCCCUUUGGGUCUGUGAGGUCGCAGGCUGCGCAGUCACCGACUUCCGGUCCCUUUGGCUCCAUGAAAUCGCAGGUGCCGCCAUCGCCCGCAGGGCCAGCAGAU